GGCCCUGAAGGGGCGCAGCGGUGCCCCGAGACGCUGGCGGCUUUGGAGCUUCUGGAGAAUGCUUUGGCAUCUGAGUUCGACGUUACUGUUCGGGGCCCGCCCAGGCCCAGGAUCCCAGAACAAGAUUUGCGACAACGCGUUACCUGGCUGCAAAAGUCGCGGGCCAGGUACAUCAAGCGGUUGAAGGCUGGCCUUGCUGAGCAGACGAGCGGACGCAUCCACAAAUUGUGGAUCGCGCGCGUUGCACUUACGGACCCGAGCAUCCCUGCCACUACAUUGGAACAGUUCUGCACAGACUUCCCCGAGAAAGAAACGCAAUCCAUCGGCAAGGACAGGAUUGGUGCCGUGCGUGACGCCAUGGCUGCAACCCUGAAGAAGAUGGCCGCUUCUGCGGUGGCCAGACACUUGACGGCCCUGGGUGUGGGUUUUCAAGAUGAGUCGAAGACAGUUUUCUUGUCCCAUAUUCACGACGAGGCGAGCAUGCGCCUCAGGAGCUACGACGCUUCCUUGCCGGGCCGCCCUGUGCAGGGUAACUGCGUCACGGUUGUCUUCCCUGGCGCGCGUUUGGACUUGCCGACGGAGCUGCAACCGCUCGGGCGCAAGACGGGCGCGGCGUUGGCGAAGUGCAUGGUGGAUGUCGUCUCGGGCGUGCUCGGACUCCUGAAGGAGCAGACCGUGCUGUCUUGGUCCUGCUUUCGCUUCGUCCACCUGCUCACAGGCGACGGAACUAACGCGAACCAGAAUGCCGCGAGACGGCUGCUGCGCUUCUGCCAGGAGCACGUUCGAUGGGGCGACUUUCGGGUCCGGUAUCGCUUGGUGGUUUUGCAGUGCGCGUCGCACGCCGCCAAUUUGGUGGUCAUCGUCGCGAUCUGCGGCGACCUCGUCCACAACGCCGUGGAGAACAACGACAUCUGCGCCAACUGCAGCAGGCUGUACAAACACCUUAUCCCAGACUACGUCGAGGAGUUCCCACGUCGUUGA